AUGACUUUAAGAGAUGUGUUUCAAAUUACUGGCUUUCCUCUCCUCGAAAUCGUCGCCGCCGUCACGAAUGAAGGAAAAAGUCUGCAGUUUGACGGAGUUGUGAAUGAAGGAAAUCGAGGGAAGAGUAUAUGGGAUACUUUCUCCAGACUCCCAGGGAGGAUAUUGGAUUUUAGCGAUGCGGAUGUAGCUGUUGAUCAAUACCAUAGAUUCAAGAUUAGAAGGGAGAGUGCUCAUGGAGAAAGUGUAUGUUGCAACAAUGUCAGAGCGCUCUUUGAUGAGCUCCCAAUGCCACAUAUCAUUGUUGAAUCACACUCUUUCCUGCUGGACCUCUGGACCUCUGGACCUCUUACAGAAUGGGAUUAUGCCAAAGCUGAGAAAGUACAGAAGGUGCUCAGAUAUAACUUUGUAAAUAAUUGGCAACUAACUUUGUAAAUAAUCAAGAGUUUGCAUUUUCAUCUUGAACUUUGUAAAUAUUCGGAACUGGAUCAUAAGACUGUUGACUCUUUAAUAUUUCCAACAUAUAAUUUUAGUUUAUACAUAAUCUCGCACGCAUCGCGUGCAUAUAAGACUAGUAUUAUUAAAGCGGAGUGGUGGGUAACGAGAGGUUACCAAACCCUCAAUACUCCCCUCUUAGCUAUGUCACGUUAUACUCACUCAAAAGGCAAUUAAUUAAAUCACAUCUUCAAUCACGCAUCAAUCAAGCAAGAAAAAAAGGAGAAAAAAAAUUAAAAAGGGAAAUUUAAAACAAUUUUAAUAAUUAAUCAAAUUUAAAUAUCUUAAAUAAUUAUAAUCUAACUUAAUAAAAAUCAAAGUUUUCGAAAUAAGAAUAAAAAAUAUAAAUAGGAAGAAAUAAUAUAAUUUCAGAAAUAAACCUAAAAUAAGUAAUACGUAUAUAGCAAACUUAAAAAGUAAAAAGAACAAGUACGUAGGAAAUGAUACACACUAUAUAGAGUAGGGAAGAAAUUAAAUAAUAUAAUUUCAAUCUCCAUUAUACAUACUACAAUCUUAAUAAAUAAAGAUUUUAAAUGAGAAAAUUGGUUUAGUGAGAAACUUAAAAAUACCCUAUAAAGUUAUUUUCUAAAAUCUCCGGUUCAAUCUCCAACAAAUGACAAUGUCCAUCAAAACCACACAAUUAAACAAACAUAAUAUAGAUUGAAUUUUAAAAUUUGACAAUUAAAUUUAGGGUAAACCAUUCCCGUAAUAUGGAAUAAAAAUAUACAUAGUAUAAGGAGCCUUUGGUAAAAAUAAUGAUUUUUAGAUUUAAUAAGUUUGGAGGAUUAUAAAAACUCAAGUUUAUAAAGACUAAAAAUUAUGAAGCAUAUCAACAAAAUAUUUACGUAAGCAUCAUACGAAUUCAUUUACUUUUGUUCUACGUGUUUUAGAAGAAGAAAAUGAAGAAAUGUGGGUAGCGACUCACGACAAUCCUUUGAAUUAGAUUAGAAGAAUAACUUGAAUGAGAUAAGAAAAAUAAGUUUAUUAUUACAAUAGGGCAUACACAAAUUAAAAUUUACCACAUAAUAAUUUUCGAAAUUUUUAUUUGCAAAAGCCAUCAUGAUUUUCUACUAAUGUUCCUUAUUGUUGUUAAUUAAUUUUUUAAUUUGGUUUUUAUGUUUAUCUAAACAUUAUGCGGAGUAUUCAUGUCCAUUGUGAUGUUGAUUCUCUAUAAAUAUUGUUAG